AACUUAAGUCCACUCAUUCACUCGUUUGUUUUGGUUUCUACCAACUCAUGAAGGACAUAUGUGGCUCCUUAGCUUCCAAAUGUUCCUCUGUGUUCACCAGCUAUUUACACAUUUUUUCUGCAGACCCUGAAAACCAAAACAAUUACUCCGAAAUUCUGACAACUGCAGCCAGGUGUAUACAGCACGUUAGAAGCGCCAUCUUGUUAAUCAAGAAUGGGAACUUCAGCUAGCCGCCUUUGGUUUGCCUCAAGUUUAAAUAACGGCAAAAUAAAGUACAUUGCUCGAGUUUGUCACAGGACAACGCCACGAAGAAUGGAAAAAAGUUCAAAUGUGGCCACUCUUCUCAAAGCUGCUACUUUACUUUACUGCCCGAGAAUUAGUAGAGGAUGCUAAUUUAACGUUAGCCCCAAACCAGCUAUGCGUGUUAGCAGCUAACGGACUUUUCAACAGAGGUGAACUUGAUGAAGUUGCCUAACGUACUGAACAUAAAGUUUAUCCUCAUAUUUCCCAAGAUGAAUUGUAUCGUAACGUUACUGACUUGGACUCAAGUAUCAGGCAACAUUCCUGCUGCCCUAAGCCUCUGAUUGGUGAAGGAUGUUGGGGACACAACCGAGAAUUUGGCACACUGUUCAGAGGGGGCGUUAUAGACAAGGACCUGCGCCACUACCUCAACCUGCGCUUCCAGAAAGGCUCGGUGGACCACGAGCUGCAGCAGAUCAUCCGGGACAACCUCUACCUCCGCACCGUCCCCUGCACAACCAGGCAGCCCAAGGAAGGAGAGGUCCCGGGGGUGGAUUAUAAUUUUGUGACUGUUGACCGGUUUAUGGAAUUGGAGAAAAGUGGAGCCCUGCUAGAGAGCGGAACAUAUGAAGAUAACUUUUACGGUACCCCAAAGCCUCCGGCCGAGCCCAGCGCUCUGCUGCUAAAUGUAACGGACCAGCUGCUGCCGGGCGCCAGACCCACCUCCGAGGGCAAGAGGAAACGUAACAAGUCGGUUAGCAACAUGGAAAAAGCCAGCAUCGAGCCCCCCGAGGAGGAGGAGGAGGAGAGACCCAUUGUGAAUGGGAACGGUGUUGCUGUCACCCCAGAGUCGAGCGAACAUGAGGACAAGAGCACAGACGCUUCGGGGGACAUCGCCCCACAGAGCAACCCAGCGGAGGCCCCAAUCGAGGCGCCCAAAGACGGCGGAUUGUCCCCAAAAAUUACAGUACCCAAACCAGAGGACAACGACGAGCUAGGGCCACUGCCUGACAACUGGGAGAUGGCAUACACUGAGAAAGGAGAGGUGUACUUCAUAGACCACAACACCAAGACAACAUCGUGGCUGGACCCGAGGCUAGCCAAGAAGGCAAAGCCGCCCGAGGAAUGCAAAGAGGAUGAACUUCCAUACGGCUGGGAGAAAAUCGAUGACCCCAUUUACGGCAGCUACUAUGUUGACCAUAUAAAUAGAAGGACCCAGUUUGAGAACCCUGUCCUGGAGGCUAAAAGGAGACUCCAGCAGCAGCAACAGAUGCAAAGCCAGGGUCUGUCCUCACUGCCCCUUCCCACCAUUUACAGAGAGAAGCCGCUGUUCACGCGUGACCCCACUCAACUGAAAGGCAGUUUCUUGUCCACGUCCCUCCAAAAGAGCAACAUGGGCUUUGGCUUUACUAUUAUCGGAGGUGACGAGCCUGACGAAUUCCUCCAGGUGAAGAGCGUUAUUCCUGAUGGGCCUGCUGCAGCUGAUGGAAAGAUGGCCACAGGUGAUGUCAUUGUCUACAUCAACGAUGUGUGCGUCCUGGGCACCACCCACGCCGACGUGGUCAAGCUCUUCCAGUCAGUGCCAAUUGGCCAAAGCGUCACCCUCGUCUUGUGUCGUGGCUACCCUCUGCCCUAUGACCCAGAGGAUGCUACCAACACCAACAACACCACCACCAUCAUCUCCCCGCUGGGCAUCAUGGAGCAGCGGCCCAUCAUGGUAAACGGCAGGACGGGCUACGACAACUACCUGGACUAUCUCUCCCGCACCGCACGCUUCGUCACAGACCCCAGUCAGGACCAGGUAAACGCCCAGCAGCAGCUGCUCACCCCUCACCCUGGUGACACCCACUUAGAUGGCUCACUUCCUCCCACCACUGGCACCACACCUCCAGACAGCGUCUCCAUGGCGUCGUCAGGGGCGACCCAGGGGGAACUACUGAACCUGACCAUGGUGAAGGGCAUGGAUGGUUUUGGUUUCACUAUCGCAGACAGCGCUACGGGCCAGAGAGUCAAACAAGUGCUGGAGCCUCAGGGCUGCCCCGGCCUGUGCGAGGGUGACCUGAUUGUGGAGAUUAACAAGCAGCCCGUGCAGGGAUUCACACACACCCAGGUGGUGGAGCUUCUCAAGGAGUGUGGCGUGGGAGCUGAGACAAGCCUGGUGGUUCAGAGAGGUGGAAUAGGUCACUAUUCACCCUGGAAGACCCCUAAGCAGGUGCUGGAGCAGUGGGACUCCCAGCAGGGCCAGGGCAGCCCUGCUCAGACCAGCUUGUCAGCCCCAGUUAUCCCCCACAGUGCCCCCUUCCCAACCCACCAUCUUCACAGGGCCUCAGUCCCAGACUCAGCCUCCGAGGCCUUGGCCCUGGCUAAACCAGACCCCUAUGACCUUUAUGAGAAGUCCAGGGCUAUCUAUGAGAGUAGGCAACCUGGCCAACCAAGGGCUGUUUUUCCUGUGGACUCCUCAGGAGCCGAGUACCAGGACAUCGAGGUGCACCUGCGCAGACAGAAGUCUGGCUUUGGUUUCCGGGUGCUGGGCGGGGAUGAGGCAGGGCAGCCUGUGAGUCCGGAGACGCGUGAGAAGAUCUUGAUUGGUGCGAUCAUCGAGAAGAGUCCAGCAGACCUAGACGGACGCUUGCGGCCCGGUGAUGAGCUGCUGUUUGUAGAUGGAAUCCCAGUGGUGGGGAAGCCACACAGAUACGUCAUUGACUUGAUGCACGGGGCGGCGCGAAACGGCCAAGUGAAUCUGGUCAUCAGGAGGAGGGUACAGGCAGCAGGUGAGUCCUGUCCAGAGAAUGGCCGUAGCCCUGGCUCUGUCUCCACGCAGCACAGCUCCCCCCGCAGUGACUUCACAUAUGGGAACAGCACCAUCACUAACCAGGCACCCAACACUAGCAUGGGCAAUACCACCGCCCCUUCAGACAGGAUGUCGACCCCCAACACACAACCCAGUGACGUCAUCAUCAAUCGAAAGGAGAGCGAAGGCUUUGGCUUUGUCAUCAUUAGCUCGCUCAACCGGCCUGAGGCGGCCACCACCAACACUGUGCCCCAUAAAAUUGGCCGCAUCAUCGAGAGCAGCCCAGCCGACCGCUGUGGGAAGCUGAAGGUGGGAGACAGGAUACUGGCAGUGAAUAGCCAGUCUAUCGUCAACAUGCCGCACGCCGACAUCGUUAAGCUGAUCAAGGAUGCGGGCCUCAGCGUCACCCUGAGGAUCAUACCGCAGGAAGAGAUCAGCAAUCCCCCAUCAGCCCCCAGCUCAGAGAAGCAAAGCCCCAUGGCCCAGCAGCACAGCCCGAAGAUCCAGCCGAGCACCACUGCCUCACAUCCCAACCCAGCAAUGGCAGAACCCAACCCUUCUGUAAGCCAGCCCAACCCCGCGCCACACCAGAGCCCUGUGACCCAGCUGCCCGCCCCUCCACCUCCGACCUACACCCACGAGAGCAGUUACAGGUCAGAGGUGAAGGCAAGGCAGGAUGUUAAACCAGACAUCAGACAGCCGUCGUUCACAGAUUACAGACAGCCGCCUGUGGACUACCGGCACCCUCCUGUGGCAGACUACAGGCAGCCACCCACGUUGGACUACAGACACCCACCACUUCUCGACUACAGACAGCUAGCUACUGACGCCAGGCAGUUCACCAUCCCAGACUACCGAAUGCCACCAGUUCAACUUGCACAGGACUUUGACUUCUUCACAGUGGAGCUGGAGAAAAGUGUGAAAGGCUUUGGUUUUAGCAUCCGCGGAGGUCGAGAGUACAAGAUGGAUCUGUUUGUCCUACGACUGGCAGAGGAUGGGCCAGCCAUCCGCAACGGCAGGAUGAGGGUUGGGGACCAAAUUAUUGAGAUCAAUGGAAAGAGCACCCGGGACAUGACCCACGCCAAGGCCAUCGAGCUGAUCAAGUCUGGAGGCAGGCGUGUUCGCCUCCUCCUAAAGAGGGGUACAGGGCAGGUCCCAGAGUAUCAAGAUAAUGCCGCCCCAUGGGAUGCUCAUCCUUCAGCCUCCCCAAGCCUGUCGGAAGUAGCCCCUCCCAUUGACAGCCUUUCCAUGUCAUCGCCUUCAUCUCAUCUGGCCCCGGCCCCCGACCCACCUCACCUGCCGCCUCUGGACGUCCCUUGUGACCUGGCGGCAGGAGACAGCAGGAAGGAGCGUUCAAAGAGCCCCCAGAAGGCUGAGCUGCUAAAUCCAGAUCUGAUCAGCCAGGGGAGGAGAGCGGCUACAACUGUCGGGAGUGGCAGAACCAAGAAGGAGGGUGGCAGGUCCACCCACAAGGGGCACAGGGUGCAGCCCACUACUGAGGGGGAAGGGGGCAUAGAGGGGCAGAGCGGGGAGCCCAAACCUUCCAGGAGCACCAGAGGGAGGUCCAAGGAGAGAAAUACUGGGGACAACAGAGAAUCCACCCAAUCUCCAAGCGUCUCCAAGCUCCCGCACACUAACGGGAACAGCAGGGAAGAUGUGGAACGUUACAGUAGCGGGCAGCAGGUGGAAUCGGAGCAGAACAAGCCCAGGGAUCUGGACAGGGGCCUGGGGGAGAGCCGGCCCAGCCUGCCCAGCCUGCCCAACAAGAGCACCAGCAGCGGCAGCAACGCAGCAGGGAGGAAGGCCACGGUCUCUCCUGGGCCUUGGAAGAUCCCCGGGUCAGACAAGCUGCCCAGCACUCUGCGCACAGGCACGUCCACUCUGAGCAGAUAACACCGCGGCUCCAGCCGAACACAGUGGCCACACUCAUCUGAAGUAAACCGCCCCAUCUGGAUGAAACUACCAUCCUCACACCUUCCCGUGCUCCUUUGUCCCCCCCUCGAUCCCAUUCUCCCAUAGACCACAGAGUCAAAACCAAGCGGGGGAGCAGGGUGAUCUGGACCACGUGUUUUUAGAGUUUUAUUUAUGAUACUGUACUCUAAAUUAUUUUGAGAAAUAUUUUACACCCACCACCUUAAGAACUGGAAAAAUCAUCCACUUUUUAAAAAAAAUGGAAGAGCAAGUAGAAUGUGUGUGUAGCGUGGCGGAGAAACAUUCGGGGGUUACAAACUUUGAUGAACUCUAUUUUGAUUUCUCUCCAAGCAGAAUUAGGGGACAAACAUGCAAAUAUAAAACAACUGACACGAAGAAACCGUCAGUUGCGUUGGAUUUUUUUUUUAUAUAUAUAUAUAUCUUCACAACAGAGUCUGUUUUAUGAAAUGGAGUGUUUAAAAGAAGGUUUGCCUGUUUUUGACGAGAGCGAAUGAAAUAAAGAGUGACCGCAGAGAUGAACUUUGCCUUAACAGAGACUGUAUGGGCCUGAAUCUGUCUUGAAUAAUCUAUCAGAUGAUUAUAGGCAUAGAUAUAUUAUAAUGAAUAUGAAUAUGUGGGAUCAUAGUGUAAAUAAGAUCAUCUUUAAGUGAAAAGAACCUUAGAUGAGCCGAUGGAGUUUUUAGUCCAUGCUCAGACGAGCCCAACGGCACGACAUGGACCAGAACUUUCACCACACCAACGUCUCCCUCUUCUACACUGCAGUUCAGCGCCGUGACUGCAGUUCAAGGUCUCGUCAGGCCUGCUGUGGUUGACUUCAUGGUAUGUUUGUGCUUUAAUCAUCCCGAGUUCAGCUGGGGUGUCGCGUCGAUUCCAUUGUCAUUUUUUGUGCUUAACGAACAAAGCAAUCCGCAAUGGUGGUGUCCAGCCGGACGCUGAGAGACGGAGCUUGCAUGAUACCGACCGAGGGGCAGAGUGCCUUAGACUGACAGAGAGGUUUGGCUUUUCAAAGUCAAAGGUUCAACUCCAAAACACUUAAGAGGGUUCAAAACAGGCUGCUAUACAACAUCAACUUUACAGAUAUGAAUAAUAAACUGUAUUUUUUCAAAUAUGAGUGUGAUAUGGUGAAAUAUAGAAUUUAUUUCACAAGCUUAUGUAUGAAAAUUUGUUCAUUACCAGAGGUGUUGAUGGUCCUCAUUUGUGCAAGUCGUUCAUUUUGGGUCAUGAUAGUUUUCAUUGCUGAUUUGUGAAUGAGGUCUGACGCUAGUAAUUUCCUCAUAUGACUUGGUGUAAUCAAGCACGGAGCAGACCUUUUUGCACCCAAACCAAACUGAACUAGUAAAGUCUGAUAUUGAGUCGUCAAAGAUUCAAUCUCACUUGUCAUGAGCUUGCUCGCCUAACAAUCUGUAACCUGAAUGAAUGAAUGCCAUCAAUUUAGAAAAAGAAAGGUUUUAUUUUUGUGUUUUUUUUAUCAUUUCCAUAUCCGCUGAGAAGAGGUUGCACCUGUCACAGCAACUGUCAGCUGCUGAAUUUGAUUUGGUUUAGGUGAUUCUGUCUACACUAUGAUAUUAAGAAGUAAUGCCUCCAUUUUUCAGCAUACACAUACCUGCCGCAGAAUUUGACUCAAUUUGAAGGCAAUGUACUACAGCAUAAAUGUAAAUGCUCUGGACCCCUUAGUUCUUGUUGACUGUGCUUGUCAAGCUUUCCAUUCUAGCACAGCAGUUUACAAUGAUAACAGUGGCGGAUUUACAACUCAAAAGUCUUUUUUUAAACAAUGGGCCCUUCAUCCCAGACAGAAGUAAACAAAAGUAAGAUCUCUCAUUCUCAUUUCUAGCCAGCGACUGAUGACGAUUGUGACAACUGAAAUGACAGCUGUCACUGACAGCUGUCAUUUCAGCUCUACCUACCUAGCUAAUUAACUAAGCUAUUAGCUCCAUACGGUGGAUGAGAACUGUGUCUGGCUUUGAGGUUUCCAGACAACACAUUUUAAAACGAGAAUCUUGCAAAUAGGGGGUUUCCACUUGAUGGCUACAUGCAUGAUAUUGUGCUAAAGUCAGUUUGUGAUACGACAUGUUAAUGAAGACACAGCAUUGUUCUUGGACUGCAGGGCAGAGCCGGUUAUUCCAGAUAUUUUAAGAUCAGACUGUUAUUUCAUUCUAACAUAACACCAUUUGGCUGUUGAGCUUUUCUUUCAAACAGUAUGUUUUUACUUUUAACGUUGCAAGAGAAAAGUCUUUGAGGAUGAGGACUAAUUCUUGACGUUGGCAGAUGUAACGCUGGCUGGAUCUGAUGGAGUGCAAACUUAAUAAAAUCCACUAAAGUGCAUGACAGAACUGCAAACGUUAGCAAGCUUGGAAACUAGUAAGCCAACAAACACAGCUCACAUUAGAGCAGAUAAUCACAGUUUCAUCCAUCCCUUACACUUUUGUUCCAGUGAUUUUCCAAAACAAAAGUCACUGGAACAAAUGCUGAUUAUUGCUCAUAUUACUGCCCCCACAUACACUGCUUUAAAAGGGUGGAGCUAUCAAAAGUUUGACGGGCCUGCAUUGGCUUGUUACAGUUGCAGAAAUGUCAUUGAACACAGUGUCUUUGGGGUAGGGGUUCAUGCAAACAGUCCAUUUUGAGAUCAACAAACCUUUUUACAGCGUCUGCACCCUCUCUGCAGAUAUGAAAAGUCUGAGUGGUAACUUUUUCCUCUUAAUGAGCCACGAGCCAUAAUACCAGAACAAACGUUUCCUCUCCUUCCUCUGCUGAGGGUAGUGCAAACAGCGUUUAACGAAGAAAAGAGCAAAUGGAGACAAGUCAUUAUGUUUGCCAUUGUGAUCCGUAAUUACACAAGGAAUAAGCGCCCUGACUCUAAAGCACAAUCUCACACUGAGGCUUUGGGAUAUGAAUUAUUAUGUCGGAGGAAAUCAUCAGCCAGGCACAAACGGCUCAGCCCUUCAAUCACUUGUUGAUGGUGUGCAGGGACAAAAUCAUAAGUAACUAAAUUUCACAUUUGUCGGACUAAAGGUAGUAAAUGCUGCCUACAUACUGUAUCAUCAUGCUCACUUUCUCCUUUAUUUUGUGACUUAUGUUUGAAGCAGAAACAAAAAAUGUGCAUAUUUUUGCUCAGCCUUUGCACAACUCACUGCUUUCUAUGUCUGAGCUGUCUCCAUUGAGCCAUAUUGUAAGUAGUUUUCUAGAGAUUGCAAAAAGAACAAAAAAACACAUAUGGAGGUUUUUGUGCGUGCGUGCGUAUGUAUGUAUGUAUGUGUGUGUGUGUGUGUGUGUGUGUGUGUGUGUUGAAAUAACCGCACUCGCUACACCAUGAACUCCCACCCAAACGGCUCAGUAUCACUGUGUAGUGUUAUAGCAGUGUGUAGACCCUGAACAAAUAUCUCUAUAAAUAUGACUCGGUGUACUAUUGAUGGUCACAAAGACUGUAAGUGGAGCAACUAUUUUUUAUGAAAUGCAGCACUAUGGAUAUAUUAACUUUUGCAAAAAUCUUGUUUACCUGUAUGAUAUUCUGAAACGCUGUCAAAAUAAAAGAAAAUCUUGACACAACAUGAAA